AUGGAUGACCUACCAACGAUCGUACUAAAAGUGAUCAUUGGUCACGUUGACAGUGUAUUGGAUGCAGCUUGUUUGUGUUUGACAAACAAGAGACUAUUCUCGAUAUUGUCCUCGCUACAGAUACCAACACUGGCACUCAGCAAGACACAUCUUGAAAUCAACAAUGUUAUUGAUUAUGAACAUAAUCCGGCAUGCUUCGAAUCACAACAACAACAACAACUGACAUUUGGUCAAUCAUGGAAUCAACAACUCCAGCCUGGAUGCCUGCCCCUGAUGAUAACCUCCAUAUCCUUUGGCGACCAUUACAAUCAACCUCUUCCAUCGAUGGCCAUCAAUAUACUACCGCGAUCACUACUCACUCUCACGUUUGGCGAAGACUUUAAUCAGCCCAUCGAGAAGGAUAUUCUGCCCCAGUCACUCACCAGUCUCUCAUUUGGCAAUAGGUAUGACAGAGCUAUUGCGAAAGAUGUGCUACCUCAAUCACUGCUCACUCUGGACAUGGGCAAUGAGUUUGACCAGCCUCUUGCCCUCCCCCCAGCCCUCACAUGGCUGGACCUGGGUGGGUUCUUUAAUGAACCCUACGACAGUCUCAAGCUAUCGACUUUGAGCGCACUGGGCACACUCAUUCUGCCAGAUCACACAUCUCAGAACCUCUACAUUGGAAUGUUUCCAAACAGUCUAACAUCGUUAAUUCUUGGAUUUUACUUUGAUAGCCCGCUCAAGUCUGGUGUGCUGCCCCAAUCGCUCACGGAACUAGUGAUACUUGGGGAGUACACGAGCCAUUUGAUCAAGGCAGGCACACUCCCAUCAUCAUUGCGCACACUCAAGUCGUCGAUAUAUCGUCCAUCAUCACUCCAGCUUGAGGCAGGCAGUCUCCCAGCCUCACUCACUUCACUAAGUUCCGUCAAUAGAAGUGGAUUGCCACUACUUCCCUCUGGCCUCAAGACACUGGUCCUUUGCGAAGGCGAUGGUGAUGAGGAUGACAAUGGCAUGGUCAUCAAGCCAGGCAUGCUGCCGCCCUCGUUGACCGAGUUGGACAUCGUAGAGAAUACACAGGCUUGCGAUAUUGAGGUGGGCGCGUUGCCUCGCACACUCAAGAGUCUGAGGAUGAGGCUUGGAUUUCGAAGUCCACUCAUACCUGGUGUGAUCCCAGACUCACUCACAGAGCUUACACUUGGCACGAGACAUGAUGGUGACGUCGUACCCGGUGUGCUACCUCAAUCAUUGACUUCACUACACAUUAGACAACCGCUAAAUGAUUAUAAGAUCGAUCAAUAUCCUAGUGCACUCAAACAUUUAACAUUGAGUAAUCAUCAAUUGGACAUGGAAAGCAUGCCUGCCACCCUGGCCACACUCACCAUCGACUCGGUUUACAACAUAUCAUGGAUCAAAGUGAAGCCAAAUGACAGCAAACUCAAUCAUCUGGAAUUGGUGUUGGUGAUGGGAUAUAAGCAUUUAUCGACCAUUCGUGCACUCAAGGACAUUAGAUUAUUGAUCAAGACUGUUCCCAAUGUGAAUACAUUUCAUCUCAAGAAAUUGAUGGUUGGCAGAUCCAACCAUGAUGUUUACAUUCGCAAGUUGAAUGACAUCACCUCAAUAUGUACAAUUACCAAACCAUCACAUUAUGUACAACAAUCAAACAUCAUCACCUAUAUCAAUAUCAUUACCAUGGACAAUCAUCCAAUUAAUUAA